CUCUCUCUCUCUCCCUCUCCCACCUCCUUAAACCUCGAAACCUCGUCGUUUUCUCCACCUAUGGUUCUUCAUCUCCCACUCUGUCUCUGUGGGGUGUUUGUUGUUUAGUGUUUCGCUGCGACCGAGGAGUACAGUAUAUGCAGAAGCAGAGCAGGCGCAUUUUUUCGCUCUCUCUCUCUCUAGACUAGAGUCUCUCUGAUGCUCACCGCUUUCAAUUUUCCCGCUCUGCAAAAGGGUCUGUGAAAUGAAUUGCUAAACAUUGCAUUGAACCCCUCUCUCUCUCUCUCUCUCUCUCUCUCUCUCUGCGUGCAAAUUUCUGCAGGAGUCGGAAAGUGAAGAGAAGAUGAACUCUAGAGUUCGAACUGCCCCUCAAACCACGAAAUCUCCUCCAAAUCCAGAUAAAAAGGGAAGAAUGCAGACUCCAGGAAGCAAAGUGAUGGGAGCUGAGAAGCCCGGGACCAAUAGGCGACGCUUAAACAGAGAGAAGAAAUUGGCAUUACUUCAAGAUGUUGAUAAGCUAAAGAAGAAGCUCAGACAUGAAGAGAAUGUUCACAGAGCAUUAGAGAGAGCCUUCACUAGGCCUCUUGGUGCUCUUCCUCGUCUUCCUCCUUAUCUCCCUCCUUAUACAUUGGAACUUCUUGCUGAAGUAGCUGUCUUGGAAGAGGAGAUUGUUCGGCUAGAAGAGCAGGUGGUGAAUUUCAGACAGGGUCUGUACCAAGAAGCUGUUUACAUUUCAUCCAAGAGGAAUGCCGAGGUUUCGAGUGACGCCUCUGACGAAUUGCCGGCGAGAAGGGCUAAGCACGAGCGGUCAAAGUCGAUGUCGCAGAGCGACUUCAGCUCUCUAGCAGCUGUUCCCGGGCGUCAACCAGUGCUCGUCAGGAGCACAUCUAGCAGAAAGCUCUUGUUUUCCGAGUCUUCACAUGAUCGGACCGGGAAUAGUUCCAGCGGGGUGGUGAAUGGGAAACUAGCGCAGAAGAAGUUCGGCCCUCCUCUGCCGAUUUUGGAAGAUGUCCGAGGAAAGGAGAAUUGCUUGCACGUGAAUUCUUUGAAGGACAAAGUGUCGCCCGAGAAGAAAACUUCGAAGAAUUCCACACCAAUCAAGAAAAGUCCAAUUAAGCACGAACAGGCAGAGAAGAUGCUAGAAUCUUCAAAACCACAGCAAGAGAGCAGAUUUCUAGAUCAGGAGAAAGCACAGCAAAAUUUCUUUAGCUCUUCGCAAGAUGGAGCAGCCCAAGUGGAUGAAUCGCCAAACAAGAUAUCAGAGGACAUUGUUAGGUGCUUGUCUAGCAUCUUUGUAAGGAUGAGCACAUCCAAAACAAAAGCUUUUGGAUCGUCGAAUUCGCCAUCUCAAUUGACAAACUUCGAAGGGAGAAAUGGAGAACUGGCGUACGGGGAUCCUUACGAAAUAUGUCCAGAAUUCGGGAAGAGGGACGUUGGUCCUUAUAGACAUCUCUGCGCGGUUGAUGCUUAUUUAGUUGAUGUUAAUCGGAAAACAAAUGCUCUGUUUCUGAUCCAAAGGCUGAAGUUUCUUCUUGGGAAGCUUGCGUCUGUCAACUUAGACAGGCUCACUCAUCAGCAGAAGUUGGCAUUCUGGAUAAACACUUACAAUUCUUGUAUGAUGAAUGCAUUUUUAGAGUAUGGAAUACCAGAGACUCCUGAAACAGUAGUUGCACUUAUGCAACAGGCGACGAUCGAUGUUGGGGGUCAGUUGAUGAAUGCGAUAACCAUUGAGCAUUUUAUCUUGAGGCUGCCUUACCACUUAAAAUUCACAUGUCCGAAAGCUUCGAAGAACGAGGAUGUGAAAGCACGCCGCUCAUUCGGGUUGGAGUGGUCCGAGCCAUUGGUUACAUUCGCUCUCUCCUGCGGAAGCUGGUCAUCGCCCGCAGUGCGUGUCUAUACCGCGUGUCAUGUCGAGGACGAACUGGAAGCGGCGAAGAGGGACUAUCUCCAAGCGUCGGUGGGCAUAUCGAGAACCAACAAGCUGAUAAUCCCAAAGCUCCUGGACUGGUAUCUGCUCGACUUCGCAAAGGACAUGGAGUCGCUGCUGGACUGGGUGUGCCUGCAGCUACCGGACGAGCUCCGCCGAGAAGCCGUCCGGUGCCUCGAGAAGAAGGGAGAGCCGCUGUCGCAGAGGGUGCAAGUGACGCCGUACGAGUUCAGCUUCAGGUUGCUGUUGCAGCAGUGAAUGGAGUCCGGUUGAUUGAUUCAUUCAAAGUCCUGCACCUUAUACAUGUCCAUCCUCUUGUCCUCUAUACAUAUGUCCCUUUUGGUUAUGAUUGGGGGUCCGUUUCGUCACAAUAAGAUGUAUUGUACCUUCGACGGAAUGAAGAUAGAAACAACGUUCGGAGGCAGCUUCCAUUAUGCUCU